AUGCAGAGUUCUUCUUCAACUAGAAACAUCAACCAAUAUAGAAAGCAUUCUUCGCCUAAAUCCUCAGAUUCAUCAUUUGAAUAGUCCUUUGAUGCGAAAAUUGAAAAGAGUGCUCUUCUUGCUAAGCUUGAUGAGAUGACUAAAGCUAUAGAUAUAUAUAAAGAAAUCAAAACCAAGGGAUCUUAUUGUAGCAGUGCUAAUCUCUCCAAUAAUCCUAUAGGAGUGUCAGUUUCCAGUAGAAAUGUCAGUUCUCAAUUACUCAAAAUGAAUAGCAGGACUACAACUUCAAACAACACAUCUACUUAGGCAAUCACUAAAAAGAUAACUAAUAACGCUUCAAUGAGUUGUCUAUCACCUAAAAUUCAAUAGAAAUCUGAUUCUAUUCUCGAAGCCAAUAUAACUCCCUCUCGGAAACAACAAUAAGUAGAUGUGGAAAUGCGUAAAAUAUCUCAUUUGAUAUCUGUCUCAUCUGAUGAAGAUUUGUAUAAGAAACAAACCCAAACUACUUAGCAAUUAAAAAAUCAAGAUAUUCCUAAUAGCCCUUCUUGUGGUUAAACUUAGGAUAACAACGAAAAUCUUUUUACAGUCACAACCAUCAAUAAUAGUGGUUAUGAAAACUAUAACACUCUUGGCAAUGAUAACUACAAUAACAAUGGCACUGGAAACAGCACAUUGAAUUUAUAUCUGGAUGUUAACACUUCUCCUAAUUUUAAUAAUAUGUAGAACAUCAUUGAUACUCAAAAUUCUCAGAGAAGUAUUGAUAAUUCAAGCCAUGGCAAGUAAAUAUAGAUGUAUGACUAAGACACUUAAACAAAAAACCCAGAGUUAAGGCAUUAAGGACUUCAGUGUGAUUUAGAAUUUCAUUAAUAGUCUGAGUUCAUUGAUAAGCAUAAAUAGCAACUAUAAACAUUUGAAGAGAUGCUUUCACUUCUUAAAUAACAGCUAGCACUAUAGUAAGAAAGUGAAAAUGAAUUGAGAAACUAAAUUAAUAAAAUGGUUGAAGAGAUUCAAGUAUUAAGCCAAGAAAAGUACUAAGCAAUUAGCAGGGAAUAAUAACUACUUCAGCAAACAGAAUAGCUAGUGAAAAUAGUAGAUGAUUAGACUGAGGAACUUAAAUGUAAAGAUAUUCAAAUGAAUCAGCUUUAAGAUUAUGAACUCAAAUACUUCGACCUUUAGAGGGUUUAAAGCUAACUCACACCAUAAAUUGAAGUUGAAAGAUUGCAUGACUAAUUUGAAAAUGAAAAAAAAGAGUUAAGAAAGCAAAUUGAAGAUUUCUAGGGCAAGUUGGCUUUAGAAUUUAGUAAAAAGAGAAAAGCCAAAUAGGAAUACGAAGAAUAAGUAGCUUCAAUUGAACAAGAAAACACAUAUUAUAAGGAAAAAUACUUGGAUAUGAAGGACUUAUUAGCUAAAUGUACUGAAUAGCUGAGAGAAUUUGAAGAGUUAAAUCAAAUGAGAAAUGAUGUUAUUGAGAAACUUGAGAGAGAAAAUACUAAUCUUAAGCAAAUACUUAGAGGAGGAAACUAAAGUAGCAAUCAUUCUUUGCCCACAAUAAAUUAGAAUAGUAUUAUGUAAACUCCUAGUGUCUCAUCAUUAUAACCUAGUUAAAGCAGUGAACUACCAGCACCUUAGCUUCUCUUGUCAAGUAAUCAAUAUAAAAAUAACUAGUUGAUUCAGUCAUUUGCAGCAGGUAGUUAAAUGACACCUGGAAAGGAAGACAAAAGUUUUAGCCUGAAUUUGCAAUAGGUAAAUUGUGAGAGGUCAAGACAGAUGAGCAGAGAUGUAAGUAGAAUAUCUGAGAAAAACGAUAUCAGUAGAGUGACUGAAAUAGAGCAGAUUUGCUAAGAUAAUGAUCUCAUGGAAGUAAGAAAAAGUCUAGGGGGUACACUUUACAUGAGUGAAAGGAAAGCUAGUUACUAUAAUCGUAGAAAUGGUGGGGACAGAGGUGGUGGCUUAACUUAACAGUUAACUGAGUUAUAGAGUUAGAUGAGGGCUGGUCCAGCAAGCCAAAAACUAACACCUAAAGGGCAACGCAAUUUGCCUAAAUAAAGUACAUUUUCGAAUGAUUAACAUCAAAGAAUGGAAUUUUAGGGUCAAGAAUAUAUGACUCUUGAUGCACAAGAUAAUAAUCCUUAAUACCAUACUGAUCUAGAACUAGAAUAGGCAAGAUAAUAAGAUUACUAAUAGAAAAGUUAACUAUUAUCUCCAGUUCAAUCGAUAAGUUAAUAUGAAUAAGAAUAUAAGCGGAAAAGGUUUGAACAAAAUUAUCUUUCACCUAAUGGCAGAGACACUGCAAAUAUCUAAGAUUCUCAUAAGCUUUCUUUUGGUAAUAUGAAGUCUCCUAUUCAACUAUCAUAGGAUCCCUAUUCUCAAUCAGAGGCAAAAUAUACUAAUCAAAAGUAUCAAAAGCUCAAGCAUGAUAAGGAAAACGAUGGAUGUUCAUCUGCAUUAUUGGAUUAGAGAGCACUUUAAGACAUGAGUCCUUUGCUUUCCUCUAGGUCAAACUACAGAGUCUAGCACCAGUAGUAGUUUGAAAACCAAAAUAAAAGCAAGCAAAUUGUGACUUACCAUAACAAUCAAUUUAUUAAUGGCAAUUUUGAGCCUCAUAGACAACUUUUAAACUACAGGGAUAGUGCCCCUAAAUAAUAGCAUCUAAUUUAGUACUCUUAAGCGUAAAAUUCACUAUCAUAUAGAAACAAUCAAACUAUACAGCUGCACGCAUACCCCUAAGAUAAUAGAAUCUUUAGAGUAUUAGCCAGUGACGAUGAGCUCUAGAAUAGAGACUGUUAGUCUGGUUUAUUAUAAGGUUACAGCAAUGGAAACAACAGUCACUUAACAUACUCUGAAAAUGAUACCUAGAGUUCUAAAUCAAGGAAAAAGCCUUUUGAGUACCAAACAAAUUCUAUGCUUUAACAAAAUGACAAUUCAGUCGCUAAUACAGCCAUCACUCAUAAUAAUUAUCAAAGUAGUUGUACAUUUGCUUAAAUAUAAAACGAGUCUCUAGUUUACCAAAACAAUAAUGAGACCCAGAUUUAUGGUAAUAAUGACACUUUUGUCACUCACAUAUCAGCAAAUUCAAAGCAAAAGUCUCAGUAAUCUAAAUCAAGUAUCAGAGAUGAAAUUAAAAAGCUUCAUAACAAUAUCAAUACACUCAGAUAAAAGAUGAAUAUACCCUCAAGAACAUAAAUAAAUAAUUAUAAUCAUUAAUCUGAGAAAUAACCCCAAAGGAGUAAUAGUGGCAGCAGCAGCAAAAGUACUCUCAAGGGAAGUGAUGAAUCUCCAACUCAUUCAACUAGGAGCUUCCCUUAGAGGAAUUAACAACAAAAUCUAAUUAUCCUUGAUGAAUGA